CGACGUAUUCACUUUAAAUAAGUCCUUUUGUGAGGUCAGAUUAAAAACCGGUUAACUCACGGGAUACAAUAAGAAUUUGAGUCUUAAUUUUUGUGUUAGGAAAGAAAAUGUCUAAAGCCAUUAAGAAAAUUAUUAGCACAUCCAAUGCAAUUAAACCAGUUGGACCUUAUAGCCAAGCCGUGGUGUUAGAUAAAACGGUUUACGUCUCUGGAGUCUUAGGUAUAGAUAAAGAAACAUCAAAAUUAGUUGAAGGUGGUACAAUACCUCAAGCUCGUCAAGCAUUAAAGUGGCUUGGAGUUAUUUUGGAAGCUUCAGGAUCUAGUUAUGAUAAUAUAGUUAAAACACAAAUAUUUUUGAACAAUAUUAACGACUUAGGAGCAGUUAAUGAAGUCUAUAAAGAAUUUUUUAAAGGCGAUUAUCCCGCUCGUUCUUCUUUUCAAGUUGGAAAGUUACCUCUAGGAGCUGAUAUUGAAAUAGAAGCUGUUGCGGCCGUUGGUGAAGUCACCACAAUUUCAGCUAAGAUGUAAAACAUAGUGUAUAUUAAAUAAAGUUUGUGUUAUCUAAGUAAA